AAAGAAUUGGAGUAGUUUUCAGUAUGAUUCAGUAGGGUUCAUUUAUUUCAGUUAAACCGUGCUAUUUUUGAAUUCGGUUUUAUUUAUAUUCAGUGAAAUGUUCUGUUUUGUUUUUGUGUCGUUUUCGAUUCUCUGUGGUGCCAACAGUCUAGAAUGUUACUACUGUCAUCAGACAACAAACGCGUGUAAAGACGGGCAGACAAAUUCAUUGAGAACCAUCAACUGUACUGCUGGAGAGUAUUGUUUAUCUUAUAAAUAUGCAACAAAAAUGCCGGACGUCACUGUAAUAGCCGUUGAAAGGGGUUGCACUUAUUUGGGAAAUACAACGUGCGAGCAAAAAAUGCCCGAGAAGAAAAGUGAGGAUGGAAAAUCUACAGAAAAAGGGAUAAGCUGUAAAGUUUGCAAAACACCAUUGUGCAAUUUCGCAUUUCACAACACGCCUGUAUUUACAUACUACCUUGGAUUAAUAUUAAUUUUUGUUAUUUGUGGUUUAUAGUCUGUGAUGAAUAAAU